UUAGAGUACAGAACCAAAACAAUUUCAUGUCGACGCUAAUUCUAAAAGAAUUAUAGCAUUUGAUAAAAAGAAUUGUUUUUAUUAAAAUUGUGCCGGCGCGGACAGGUUUUGUUGAUUUGCAGGCGAUCCGACACUGGCCUGUAAAUCUGUCAAAAAAGGAUAAAACGUAAAUUUCGCCUACGUAAUGGCAACAUCUGUGAACCCUAAGGAAGUGUUUAUGGUCAAUUGCCAUGAAAUUCCUGAAACAAUAUGCGUGGAAACUCGUUUUAUAACUCAUGCGUCAGUUUACAAGCCCAAGCAAUGUGAACAAUUAUUUUACAUUACACAUAAAAAUGGAAAAUUGGAGCUGACUAGACAGGAAGAUAGUCUGGUAGCUACAAAAGUUGCCACAACUCUUCCAAAACCUAGCACAGUUACACUUAGUAUUCAAGCAAAAGCGGCAUCAUUACAACCAGCAACAACAGGUCCAAUAAUCCCUUUAAAAACAGCAUUUACAAGUAGCUGUAAUUUCAACGCAAAUGAAAUAGGCGGUAAAAAUUUAAUAACAAGUUCUGUGGCUACAAAUCCUCAUCUAAACACGUUGGGAAUUACAAACAGGCCAUUGGUCAGACCUACUGUUAAUGAUCAAACUCAACAGACCGAACUAUCAACACUAAAUACGAAGUCUAUUGCUAUACAAUGCAAACUUGAUGAGGAAAUAUAUGAUGUAGGCGAUGAAUGGACGCCAAUCACUGAUAAGCCUUCUGGAAAUGAAGAAAAUCCGGAAAUUGAUAUAGAAAGUUUUCUAAAGUUUGUUAAAGAUAAUUCAGCGCAGCACAAAAAUUUUAAAGAAUGUUUAAUAUGUGGUGAGGUAUGCAAAUCAAAAAAAUACUUCUAUGGUCACAUGGCCAUUCAUCAAGGACCUAGGAUCUUAUGCUCUAAAUGCGGUCAAUACUUGGACAAUGAGAAAUUGCUGUUUAAACAUAAUUGUUACAAAGAAAAGCAGUUGGAAAAGGCUUUUUUGCAAUGUCCCCAUCACAGCUGCAGUGUAGCGGCGAUUUCGCAUCUGGAGCUUUACGAUCACAUUAACGAACAUGACAACAAUCGCAUGUAUAAGUGCUCUGCGUGUCGUAGGGGAUUUUGUACUGGUCAAGAAUUUUUACGUCACAUCCUAAUCAGGGCUAAAUGCUAUACGAGCGCCAAACGUAAACGAUUUUAUGUCUAUGGUUUGGAAUCACACAAAGAACGAUUAUGUCGUGUGAGGGUUUUUACUUUGCACACUUUUAAGAAACGCACCAUAUUAGUAAAGACGUUCUUGUCGCAGCGUGUCGCAAAACAAGGAACUUGUAAGAUUUGUUUAAGGCCAUUUACCAACAGAUCGGUAUUUAAUCAUCACCGUAUGAAGUGUCUAACCAAAUUUCGAAAGAGAUUGCUACGAAAAAGAUAUGGGAAAGCAAAUUCAGUAGGUAGUUGCUAAUAGAAGAUUAAUUAAAUAAAAUUUUAAAAGUCAUCUUAUAAUAAAAAAACAACGCAUAUCCACUUUCAUUGUAUUUAAUAAAUCAAGAAAUAUUAAUAUUUUUUUUAUUUUACGUAAAUUAUCGC